UUCUCCUGUUUCUUUCUUUUCUUUUCCCCUUUUCCUUGCUUCCCUUCUUUUAUCCGCCCUGGGUUCCUCGCCUUGUCCUUGCCAUUGCCAACGAAAGCGCAUACAAUCGCAUCGCUUCAACUGCUCUCGCUCUACCUGGCGUAGCCCUGAGCGUCAGUUUUUACGUUUUGAAUCACACAAUCUUUCAUCAUGUCUGCGAAAGGAGGAAAUGGCAAGAAGCCGGCUUCCCCGGCUGUCAAUUUGAUCGCUGGUGGUGGUGCCGGUAUGAUGGAGGCUCUAGUGUGCCAUCCCCUUGAUACUGUCAAAGUCCGCAUGCAGUUGUCGCGUCGGGCCAGAGCCCCUGGUGUUAAACCACGCGGGUUCGUUGCCACUGGUGUCGACAUCGUUAAGAGAGAAACCGCUUUGGGACUGUACAAGGGUCUCGGAGCCGUCCUGGGAGGUAUCAUCCCGAAGAUGGCCAUCCGAUUCACAUCCUACGAAACGUACAAGCAAUGGCUCGCGGACAAAGAGACUGGAGCCGUGACCAGCAAGGCCACUUUCCUCGCUGGUCUCUGCGCUGGUGUGACGGAAGCCGUGGCGGUGGUCAACCCGAUGGAAGUCAUCAAGAUCCGUCUGCAAGCACAACACCACAGUCUGUCGGACCCUCUGGACACCCCCAAGUACCGCAGCGCCCCGCACGCCCUGUUCACCGUCAUCCGGGAGGAAGGGUUCAGCACCUUGUACCGCGGUGUCUCGUUGACGGCCCUCCGCCAGGGAACGAACCAGGCCGCCAACUUCACCGCAUACACGGAGCUGAAGGCCUUCCUGCAGAGAAGCCAGCCCGAGUACGCCAACUCGCAGCUUCCGUCCUACCAGACGACCUGCAUCGGCUUGAUCUCCGGUGCCGUCGGACCCUUCUCCAACGCUCCCAUCGACACCAUCAAGACGAGACUGCAGAAGACCCGCGCCGAGCCCGGCCAGUCCGCCGUGACCCGGAUCGUGGUCAUCGCCAAGGACAUGUUCAAGCAGGAGGGCGCCGCCGCUUUCUACAAGGGUAUCACGCCCCGUGUAAUGAGAGUCGCCCCGGGCCAGGCCGUCACGUUCACGGUCUAUGAGUUCCUGAAGGGCAAGCUUGAGUCAUCGCGGUGGCCCUUCGUCGGCGGCACUUUUGAGGAGUAACAGUGGGGAAAAAAAAGGUGUUAUGCGGGUAGGAAGGAGUGAGCCGCCAUGUGUUUUCGAAAGCAUUUGAUACCAUUGAGCAUGGUGGCGUUUUCGAUCACUGCUUUUGAGAUAAGGGAUUCCUGUUUAUAUGUUUGAUUGGAGGCCUGGAUAGCCAGUUCUGGAAGAUUCACAUCCGGGGUGAAUUGUAUAUAUCAUGUCGUGUUGUUUUGGUCGCAUGUUUCCUUUGUAUCUAUACCUUUUUUU